CUCCAGCUAUCAACAGAUGGGAGGUUAUAAAGGCUCACCUUGUUCGCUUCAAGUUUGAAGAGACUUUACUUAUGAAGGGAUUUGAGCUGUGAGAGGAAAAGAUCUCAUCAUACACAUUCAGCCAUGGCAGGAAAAGAUGAAAAGGGGAAGUCCAAGUCAAAAAGUGCUUUGGUGUGCGGCUACCCAAUUAGCAUCUUUUUUAUUGUGGUCAAUGAGUUCUGCGAGCGCUUCUCGUAUUAUGGCAUGCGAGCUGUGCUGGUGCUUUACUUUAAGUACUUUCUGAGGUGGGAUGAUGACUUGGCCACAACAAUCUACCAUACCUUUGUUGCCCUCUGCUACCUGACCCCAAUCCUGGGUGCCAUUGUGGCCGACUCUUGGCUCGGCAAGUUCAAGACUAUCGUAUACCUGUCCAUUGUGUACGCAUUGGGGCAGGUGGUCUUGGCAGUCAGCGCCGUCCAUGACAUCACCGACACCGACCAUGACGGGACCCCGGACAACAUGACCUUCCACGUAGCUCUGUCCGUGGUGGGUUUGUUGCUCAUAGCCCUGGGAACAGGAGGAAUCAAACCUUGUGUUGCAGCUUUUGGUGGAGACCAGUUUGAAGACCAUCAGGAGAAGCAGAGAAGCACUUUUUUUUCAAUUUUCUACCUGUCCAUCAAUGCAGGCAGCCUGCUGUCCACUGUCAUUACCCCUAUCCUCAGAGCUGAGGAGUGUGGAAUACACAGCCAACAGAAAUGUUACCCGCUGGCUUUUGGUGUACCCGCAGCCCUCAUGGUUGUUGCUCUGAUUGUAUUCAUUGUGGGAAGUGGAAUGUACAAUAAGACGGCUCCUCAAGGAAACAUCAUGGUAAAGGUCUGCAACUGCAUCGGGUUUGCUAUCGCUAACCGUUUCCGGCAUCGUCAUUCGACAUACCCGAAAAGAGCACACUGGAUGGACUGGGCUGAAGAAAAAUAUGAUAAACUUCUGAUUGCCCAAGUAAAGAUGGUGGUUAAGGUGCUGUUCCUCUACAUCCCUCUACCAAUGUUCUGGGCUCUCUUUGACCAGCAGGGAUCAAGAUGGACCCUCCAGGCGACGACCAUGAACGGUGACUUUGGAGUCCUUGUCAUCCAGCCUGACCAGAUGCAGACGGUCAACCCCAUCUUGAUCCUGGUUCUGGUGCCAAUUGUGGACAGUGUGGUCUACCCACUCAUCUCCAAGUGCAAGUUAAACUUCACUCCUUUGAAAAGGAUGACCGUGGGGAUGUUACUCGCCGCUUUGGCAUUUGUUGCUGCAGGCCUGGUUCAGAUCCAGAUUGAUCAAUCCCUGCCCACCUUUCCAUCCGGCACUGAGAGCCAAGUGAAGUUUCUCAACAUGCUGGACAGGCCUUUAGACAUCAAGGCUGGGCCACAAUCUUUUAAGUUGGAUGCUUUCACGGCCAACAAUGACUACCUGACCUUCGAAGACUCAUUUUCUUUGGAACUGGGCCCGGGCGCCAUUUAUCCAAUCAGCCCAAGUGACAGGUCUCGGAGUACUGUUGUGAUCCUUCAGGAUGGGCCUCUGCCUAGACCUGUAGUGUUUGAUGACAUCACGGCCAAACCGGAGGAGGGUGCUAAUGCUAUAAGAUUUUUCAAUGGCCUUGGCUCUACGUUAAAUAUAACAGUUGGCAAUCUGGACUUCAAGGGGGUUAGUGCUUCAAACAUGUCAAAAUAUUUGACACUACCACACGGGAAUGCGGAGUUCCUGAUCAAGAACAAUACAGGAGAAGUGUGUGUCUACAACCAGCAGCUUGGCUUCGGCAGCUCAUACGUCUUGAUCAUCCCGCCCACUUUCACAUUUGGACCAAAUUGCGGACAGGAGAUCCGUCAGGUGAUAGACAUCAGACCAAACUCGGUCCACAUGGCCUGGCAGAUUCCGCAGUACUUCCUAAUCACUGCAGGAGAAGUGGUGUUUUCUGUUACAGGCCUGGAAUUCUCCUACUCACAGGCACCCAGCAACAUGAAAUCAGUGCUGCAGGCCGGUUGGCUGUUAACUGUUGCUGUUGGUAAUAUCAUUGUGCUCAUUGUUGCCGAGGCAGCAACGCUUGAAGAUCAGUGGGCCGAGUAUAUUCUCUUUGCAUCCUUGCUGGUGGUGGUGUGCAUCACUUUUGCAAUCAUGGCCUACUUCUACACGUACACUGACCCAAGCAAGAUCGAAGCUCAGUUCAGAAGGAUGGACCCUGAGGAUAAAUGGAAGAACAUGGAUGGAAAGGACUCAGUUGAGCGUGGUAAAGAAGAAAAGUAUGCAGAUUCCAGCUCAGAUGAGGAGGAAGAAAUCACACAGACCAAGCUGUGAAAAAAUGGAAAGGUUCAGACCCACAGUAUUUACCUUUGUAUUCACACGCUGCUGGUUCUGUGUUCAUUGUCUUUCGUCGAAUGUCAAGAGUGACUCGAUCCGUGUUUGGUAAAAUGAUUUACGAUUUGCAGGAGGUACGUUUCUAUGCAGGUGUAUUCUAGUCUGUCCUGUUACUGUAAAUUCACUAUCAAAUGGCUUAUUUUGCACUAUGUUGCAGCAACUUAUCAUUGCCAUUUUUAUUUUUGUUUGUAAUGUUCUGGCACGUAAUGGCAUUGUCGCUUUGUAAUCACUGGUCUGGCACCAGGCGUCCAAGCAUAUUCCAGGUGUUGCCAGGAGUAUGAAUCAUUUGGGCUUGACUGUUGACUGGAGAUGCAAAUCUCCCAUAUGGAUGUCAUGUCAUGUCACAAACAAGACAUAUCAUUUGAAACCAUAUUAUGUAGCAAUUUUACGUGGGUAAUUUUAUAGUUUGGGGUGCCAGGAUAACUUGGCAGGAAUCUAAUAUGUCUUUUAAGUGCAGCUUGGUAAAAGAUAAGUGAAAAACUAAAGUAACAGGAACAUGUUGAUUUAAUUCAAAAGAUAAAGAGCUGAUGCAGCCUAAUGUAAAUAUAAUCGUAAUCUUAAGGAAAUAAAAAUAUUGUGGGAUUAGUUUGCUAAUACUAACAGUGAAUAAAGAAGUUGUAAGUUGGUG